AUAGUCAACUGCUCAGAGCUGGAUGGGAGUACUUAAACUGACAAGUACAGUAAUAGAGAUUUAACAUAUCGUGAUAUCCUUUGUAAACCGAAGAAAUGAUCGACAUUAGCUUCUGCUAAAAGAGCUUUAAAAUCGGACAAGCAAAAACGCCAUGCCCAACCAGAAAAACAACAGGGGGAAGAGAAAUAAACGCGCCAAUAGCAGUGGCGAUGAACAAGAAAAUGGAGCCAGUGCAGCAGCAACAGCAGCACCGUUGGUAACUACACCAUUAUUAGGGGCUACGGCUGCACCUCAAAAUGAAAAUAAUAAUGAAGCACCGUGCGCCACCCCUUUGAUCUGCAAUUUAGGCGGACUUAUCGACCUGGAGAAAGAUGACUACCAGAGGGUGGUCUGCAACAAUGAGCUAUGCCCUUACGGAAACUGGAUGCACCUGCAGUGCUUCUUCGAGUGGGAGAGUAGUAUUCUGGUGCAGUUCAACUGCAUUGGCCGGGCACGCAGCUGGAACGAAAAGCAGUGCCGGCAAAACAUGUGGACAAAGAAGGGAUAUGAUCUGGCCUUCCGCUUCUGUUCCUGCCGUUGUGGCCAGGGCCACCUUAAGAAAGACACAGACUGGUACCAGGUGAAGCGUGUGCAAGAUGACCGAAAGAAAAAGGUGCUGUCUGAGAAGAGCCUUGGCAAGCUUAACUGUAGUGCUGAUGGAGAGUUGCCUGAGGUCCCCAAGAAAGGGAAGCAUCCUGCAGGGAACAAACCAGCGCACAGGCCUGUGGGACUUGACCUGCCGCGAAGGCAAUCCAUAGACAGACAGAACUCGCAGGAGAAAGGUGCAACAGGCUCCUGCUGCAGCAACAACUUGGGCCGUCGCUCACCCUGUGGUUCACCUGGCCAGUCCCCACUUUUGGGUUUCUCCUUCUUCUCUUCGCCCUCCUCCGGUGGGCCUCGCAGUUCACGACACUUAGGCGAGUUCCUCAAGAAUGCCGUCCACAUGGACACCCACCGCAAGAACUUGUCCACUAGCGCUGGGGCGAUACGGAACGCCUAUUUCGAGCAUGCGGCAGGACUGCAGAUGCCCCGGCUAUCCUCUGGGGAUGCUCCUGUGCAGUUCCUUCGGCGGCUCGACCUGUCUGAACUCCUGGCCCACAUCCCUCGCCACAAGAUCAACACCUACCAUGUGCGCAUGGAGGACGAUGCUCAGACCGGCCAGGGGGAAGACCUCAGGAAGUUCAUCCUAGCAGCGCUCAGUGCCAGCCAUAGGAAUGUGGUCAACUGUGCCCUGUGCCACAGGACACUGCCCAUCUUCGAGCAGUUCCCACUUGUUGACGGGACUCUUUUCCUUAGCCCCUCACAGCACGAUGAGAUUGAAUAUGAUGUUCCCUGUCACUUAGAAGGGAGGCUGAUGCACCUGUAUGCAGUCUGUGUAGACUGCUUAGAGGGGGUUCAUAAAAUUAUAUGUAUUAAAUGCAAAUCCCAAUGGGACGGUCGCUGGCACCAGUUGGGAACCAUGUACACUUAUGACAUACUUGCUGCCUCUCCGUGUUGUCAAGCCCGUCUCAACUGUAAGCACUGUGGGAAGCCUGUGAUCGAUGUGCGCGUGGGGAUGCAGUAUUUUUCAGAGUACAGCAAUGUACAGCAGUGUCCCCACUGCGGGAAUUUAGACUAUCACUUUGUGAAGCCAUUCUCCUCUUACAAAGUGCUAGAGGCCUGUUGACGAAUGACGUGCUAGUGUAGUAUCAUUUUUUCUUUUUUAGGUAGUACUAUUUUAUUCAUAUAUUAAAGUGUUUUUCUGUGGAAUGUUUUCUUUAACAAAAACAUCCUAUUUUUUCUAAAGAAAAUAAUAAAAAGGGGGGAAAGGCAAAAUGUUAAUUCAGCAUAAAUCAUUAAGCACAUCAACCGGUAACUUAAAGAAAAAGUAACAAGAAAAUUCCAAAUGUAUACAAAGCUGAGGUAAAAAAAAAAGUUAAAAAAAACUUUGACGAGUGAAUGUAUCAGUAAACCAGAUAUUAUUAUUUUUUGUAGAAAAAAAUAUUUUAACGCAAGUUUUGCAGUAUCAUAUAUGUAUGGAUUUAACAGUGGACCUCCACAGCUAUUUAUAUGACAUGGAUAAAUGUCAGUUAAAUGUUAUUAACUUUGGUACCGUUUCAAACACAUUUCAGUUCUAAUUGCUCAGCCCUUGCUCACAGUAAUAUACAGAAUUUCAGUUUCCUGCUACAUUAGUAAUAUUUUUUGUAAUACCUAUUGGAAUUUAUAUGGCCAUGUUAUACACAUGUUUCAAUUUUUAGCAGUUAUUACACAUUUAUGUUGCUUUUACAAAUUGUGACUUGAUACAAAUAAAGUCACAUUUUAUAAUCCUAGUGCUCUUUUAGUUAUAUUGCAGGGAUUCCCUGAAAAGUGCAUCUAAGAAUUAGUGAUAAUGUUUUCUCUUUGACUGUGAAGUGCCUUGACCUUGAUGUAAAUGUGUGCUAUAUUUUAUGCCAGUCAAAUGUCCCUACUUAGGGUUUUUUGCCAAUAUGAAACCAUCAAGGUUGAUGAAUGUCAUAAAAAAUACAUAUCUAUUGCAGUUUUGUGAAAGCUUGAGAAAGCAGCUGAGGUGGAAGUAAUGUCUUAAGUAAGUGAAAAUAUGCAGCUGUCAAAGAGACAGAUACCUACUAAAAUCACAAAGACAAAAAAAAAAAAAACACAUCAGUUGAGUUGCCUGCAUUGGAACUGACAUUUAUUGAUAACAUGUAAAGAGUGCCUAUUUAAAAACCCUUUGGUAAAAAUGUGGGAAUGCCUUGUAUCAAAGUGGAGUUUUCUUCAGGGAACUUUUUCACUGCUUACUUUUAGGAUACACAAAGGGAAAAAAAAGAUGAAGCCAUGCUGACUUGAUUGUGGUCAUGAAGUUAAAAAUCCACAAACAUAAUUUUCACAUGCAUGCCACAUUAAAGGCAAUGGACCAUGCUUUUGGUGUCCUUUGAAAACAAUUGUUUGAGAUCUUUUCUUGUGAUAUAUAAAUUCAGUGAUCUGUUCCCAGUUGUAUCUUUGUUAAAAGGACACUGCGCGUUGCAUGUACCCUUAUAAAAAAAGAAAGGUCCUUUGCACUUUAUGGAUCUUCAUAGUAGAUGAGAAAAUGUACUUACUGCUUAAGUUAAAGGGCAAUACCAAAGAAACGAAGUACUUGAUAUUAUGCACUUGUAAGGGUCCUUAGCCAUUCUUUUUGUUCAAUCAGCAAUAAAGCAUGUCGAUACCGGAUAUCUAAAGCAUGUUGAUAGCGGGUAUCUAAAGUAAUGGAGCUUACUGCAGUAAAACUAGAAGUCACUUGCAUUGUGAUGCAGUAUGUUCUGGUAAUAAUACCAGUUAUGUCACCCAGUGAUCUGCAGUAGUGUAAUACUCCAUGGUGAUUAGACUGUGGUGCUAAUAGUGUAGUGUACCAAAGGGUCACGUAAAACACGAAUGAUUGAAUUGCAAAACCCUACAGGGCAUUUUAAAAAGGUUGUAUUGUGUCGCAUUGUCAGAUGCCAAAAAAGAUUCCCUCUCAAAAACCUCAUGAAAUAAAUGUGCAAGUGACCUUUCAGUUCUUUAAAGGUAAACAAGCAAAGUUUUGUGUCCGUAAAAUCCACUGUACAUAGUAGUAGAAAACAUGUGUGGUGUACUGCGUCUUUGAAAAGGCAAAUUGAGGAUUAACAUAAAGACGGCUUUCACAUUUUAAGUUAGACAGGCUUAACUGUUUUGAUGCAUUGAUGCAGGCAGGUCCGUUGAUUGAAUUAUACUUCUAUUUUACAUUAUGGAGAUUUAGUUUGUCAAUCAGAACCAAUAUUCAUGUUCUCUCUCCUCUGUUUUUUUUGUGUUAUACAUGGCAGAGAGCAACAACUGAUGAAAGCAAUACGGACCUGAUUAGUGAGAUAUUUGCCUGACUUGUCUAAGUUAUUAAUUUCUAUGUCAUGUCAGGUUCCUUUAUUAUCCCUGGAGUUUGGGAUAUAGUGGGGGGAUGUCUGUCUGUCAGAGUUUUACAGAUACAUAGAGAACCGCUUAUCCAGGUGUGAUGGAAGUGGUGUUUUUGAGAUAAUCAAAAUCUGGGUAUCGCAGUCUAUCCCAUGUAUAUACAAUUUACAUUUGACCAAUUUUAUUCUAGUAAACCACUUAUCUAAACUUGGUAAGCACAGUAUUUUUUUUAACAGUUCUAAUUUGAGAGGCCUUGACUGAAGUGGUGUUUUCACCCAUCCAAAUAUCACAUUUAAUUGUGUAAAUGUAUCUUGAGAACUACUCAUUCAAUUGGUAUCAAUGAGCAAUUCUCAACAUAUAUAUUUCCCAUGCAUGUAGACACAGUUCUGGUAAAAUAGGGACAUCUAGAGUAGGGAUUAGAUGUUUCGUAUCAUACAUCAUAGUUCCAAGGUCUGCAGAAGAGCAUAUCCUGGUAUGUAUUUCCUUUGUGUUCACAGAGUUAGAAUACAAUUUCCAGAAAACUUUGGAUAAUUUAUUUGUAAAAUUUACAUUUCUAAAUUUCUAUAGGGAUGUAGAGCUUUUGAAAUCAGGUUUGGUUGUGGGAAAAUAAGUGGUCCUUGCUAUGUUAGUGUUACACCUCUUAUUGUUAUCAGUCUAUGCAGAUACCUGAUAGCCUUAAAUCUGAUAUGACAGACAGAAAAUUCUGAUCCAGUCCUCAAUUUGAAAGUUUCUAUUUUAAUGAACGGCCUGCUGUAAAUGAAGUUGAAAACUUGACAGAAUGUGAAACAAUCUUUUUGUUAAUGUAUUACAUGGGCAGGACCUGAGAGAAGCCUUUUCAAUGUUAAGUGCCACUUUCAUACUGCUGACAAGGGAUGGGUAUUUUGAACUUGAAACAUGUUGAUUACUAUGCUGAGUUUUAUUAUGUGAUACAUAUUCAUUAUUUUGUGAAGCAGAGAAGAUUGGGUUUGAAACUGAUUAAAAUAAUACAAUUUGUUACAGUAUUUGGUAUCCCUUUGUACUAUACGUAUGUGGGAGAAUUCCCCACACUGUAUCUCCUUAACCUUCACUUAUACUGUUUAUUUUAGAAGAGAAAAUAAAUGAAGGUCUUGGGCAGCCUAUCAAUUUUUAACCUAAAAGUACUAAUUCCCAUUCGGUGUUUUUUUUAUUUUUUUAUUAUCUUUUUUUAUAUCCCUUUGCUUGUUGAGAUAUGUAAGCCAGUACUGAUGAAAAAACGGUAUAUUAUUAUCAUCUAUUGCACUUUAUCAGAUGUUUUCAGAACACAUUGAUUCUUGACUAGUAUUCACCUUCAGUUCGUGACCAUGAAUCAGUGCCAUAUACAGACCCCCGAGCUAUCGCCAUACGCCGCUGCUGUCAGUCAAAUUUGGUAACCCUGUGACCCUGACUGAGUGCUGCGACUGGUUGCUAGGGCGAACGCAUUUUCCCAGCCUCUGCUAACAUUCUUUUGGUUGGCCUUUUGUUGUGCGUAACUGUACUUUCACUUCAUGCCAAAUGAAGAUUACCCUGAAGCUUGAAAUGCUGUGUUUAUGUGGUCCAUUUAGAUGCAGGUAGCAGCAGAUAUUACUGCAGGUGUGUUUUAUACAGUUUACUAAAAUUCCACAAUUUUGCCAUUUUGUAACUUGUUUAUGUUAUUUUCAUUAUACCAUGUAGCAGCAAGGCUUUAUAAAAUAAAGUUUCAUGUUUAGUGAUUGUUUCUAUAAUUAGACUAUGAAAACAAAUACAGUGCAGACUUUUAUUUAAGUGUGUUAUGUGGAUAAUGAUGUACAUAUGAUAUUGUGAUGUGAACGGGGGAGCUGUGCAAAUGUGUUGCAUAGCGCAUAGGAUCAUGGGUAACAUAUAAAAGAGCAGGGGAUCGCUACUGACCCAGAGAAGAUAGCUGUUGUGCAGCAGUGGCCUGUCCCCUCCUUGUGAAGCAGCUACAUAGUUUCCUGGGGCUGGCAUCCUCUGUGGAGGGAAGAGAGAGCUGUAGUGUACUUCAGUCGAACCCUCAGCCGUGCGAGCUGCUGGCGGUGCUGGAAGCCAUCAAGCACUACUGCCCCUACCUCUGUGGUUGCCGGUUUCUGCUCCACACCGACCAUGCUUUGCUGCAAUGGCUGCUGCAGUUUUGGGAGCCGGAGGGGCAGGUGGCACAAUGCAACAUUGACCUGGAGUGAAGCACGGAAAUGCAGACGCGCUGUCCCGGAGACCAUGCAGUGAAGCAGGGUUCCGUCACUGAACAGUGGGAGGCCAGUGAGCAGGAAGAUGUGGGAGAGGAGAGCGAGGUCGUGCACAUCUGGGAGAUGCAGGCAACAAGCAUAGGAUCCUGACGUCAGCUGGCUGCUGCACUGGAAAGAGGGAGACAGGCGACCAACUUGGGAGGAGGUGGCUCCCCUGUUGGAGGUUGUCAAGGACUUGUGGGCUGCCCUCAGCCUCCAAGGGGGCGUGCUAUACUGGCGGUGGCAGGAGCCAGCCCGUGGAGAGCAGCAGUGGCAGAUUGUGGUGCCAGCCCCUCUCCAGGACGCCGUGCUGCAGGCAAACCACGGGGUUCUUGGGUAGGGCAUUUUGGCAUCACAAAGACGCUGGCAAGCCUCUUGGCUCACUUUUACCGGGGGUGAUGCCUGCGAGACGUCAAGACCUUCUGUAGCCACUGCGACAACUGCACAGCGAAAAGGGGGCCAGGUGAGCGCUCCCAGGCUCCCCUCCAGCAGUACUAGGUCAGUGCGCUGAUGGAGCGAAUCGGGGUGGAUGUCUUGGGGCCCUUCCCGGCCACCGAUCGGGGUAAUCGUGUGGUACUGGUCACCAUGGAUUAUUUCACGAAAGUAGCCUGAAGCCUACGCACUGCCAGACCAGGAGGCUCUGAUGGUGGCAGAUGCGUUGGUGGACGGUUUCUUUUCCUGGUUCGGGGGUUCCCCAGGAGCUACACUCUGACCAGGGGCACAAUUUUGAGUCCCAGGUGUUCGCUGGAGCGUGCCAGGACCAGGACCACCCCGCUGCACCCCCAGAGUGACAGUCUGGUCGAGCGGUUUAACUGGAUGUUGAGCAUGCAGCUGGCCAUUGUCACCAAUGAGUAACAGUGAGACUGGGACCUGCACCUGCCACUGAUCCUGCCUGCCUGCCACAUUGCUGUGCAGGAAUCCACCUUCUGCACCCCUGUGCUGCUGAUGAUGGGUUGGGAGCUGAAUACACCGGCAGAUAUCUUCUUUGGGCAGCCACUGGACACAGGGAAGCCUCCCGGGCCAGAAUACACUUUAAAUGUGCACUUUAAAUAUAUAGUAGACUCUUUCAGCAUACCGAUGAAAACAAAUACAAUAAUAACUUUUUUGUGUGCAAUACAAAUCCUUAGGUCAAUAAUUUGCACCUUGCUAGUAAUUAUGUGGACACAAUUAAAAAUAAUGAAAAUAAUUCAUAAUA